AGACAUUUUUAUUUUUAUUAAAAGUGUGCGCAGUUCGGGAAGUAACGUUCAAAAUGUAUGAUUUUCCUUUUUUUGUUCAUUUUUUUGAGUAUUCGAUUUUCUCUGUAGGUUUUGACGAUGCACCAGGAUUUGUUCUAGAAAAAGAUGUGUCAAAAACUACAUUUGAUGUGCUUAAACUGUUACACAGGAUAUAUUUCACAUAAAUCGACCAGUUUCUUAAAAAAAAGACGAAUUAGUUUGACAAACGUAGUCGCUUUAGGUUUUUCUCUAUAAGAAAAAAUUCUUUCUUUUUCUUGAAGAAUAAAAUAAAUAACUCUGGCACAAAUCAUAAUAAAUAUCGAUGGAGUUUAAGAAAAAAGAAUAAAUCAAUCCAGAUAAUACAUAUCUGAAUUCAUCGUUAGAUUAGAUGAAGAAUGAUUCGAGGGAGAAAUCAACCGCUGAUCACACGAAUAUUAUAUUGAGAAUGAUUUUAUCCUUACUCAACCACCCAUGUCGAUACGACACGCUGUCGACACAUGACGUACAAAAAUUCACUGUGUCGGCACGUGUGGUUACAUCUAACUCCAUCAUAUCAUUGUCUCGGUAGCGUGUCGUAGUGACACGCGGGUAAUUAAAGAUCUCUAGUAAAACCUCCCUUAACAAUUGCCAUUCAUUUCAAUGUUAAAAUUCAAAUCAGUUUACUACAAAAAUACGUCCUACGAUAGUUUUUCAAAUAAUAUAUAAGAAAAUUAAUACACAAAUAGAUGUCGCUUAAUGGUACAUACUGUAGUAUUGAACGAGGAAGAGAAAUAAUCAUUUUCCGAGGAAUUGUCAUUGUAUUAUGAAUGACAAAAAAAAAACAAUGAACGAUUAUGUUCAUAUAGAAAGGUGAUAAAUACAGAAAUGCAUAUCAUUACUCAUUCAGUAUUUGCCAAAAAAAAAUCAAUUUUUAUGCGUAGUCUCCUAAUUCAUUAUAAUAUCAUUCUUAUGUUUAUUUUUCUUUAAGAUAGAUACGUUCAUUAUAUCAUGUAACAGCAACUUCUAGACAUUUUACCAAAAGAUUGGAAUGUGUUCAUCAUCAAUGGUAAUCAACGCCCUGUAACAACGGCUCUUCGAAAACAAAUACGAAGACUGAGCCCGAACUUAGAUCAACCACCUGAUGCAAAACCAAUCUUGGUGAUUUUCUGUUUUUCUGCUGGAUGUAUGUAUAUAGUUGUGCAUGAACAGACAUAUAGGCAAAAGCGUUAGUAAUGAGGGAACGUUUUCUAAAGUUGUUACACUCUAAGUUAAAAUGUGUCGACUUUUUCCGUCGUAAAUUAUAGUAUCAUGGGUUCCAGCAAGAAAAUGUGUCGCACUUUAAUGUGUCGUAUUUUUAACCGUUCUGUACAUAUAUGACGACUGUUCAUUCAACAUUUUGUUCUGCUUGUAUAUCUAUAUAUAAUCUAUCUGAACUAUCACAUGAGAAUCAUAAAUUUUCAUGCACCAUUCUAUAUAAUAUAUUUCUCGAUUAUAUAUUUCUUGUAAAUAUUUCGAGAAAUAAUGACCUCACUUUAAGAGAGAUCUACCUGGCAGUAGUCUGAUCAAAAUCUGACUAGUCUUGCACGGUUGGAUCUCAAGAUCAGACUUUUUAACGGUGUUGCAUCAAACACUGAUGUUAAUUGUACUAAUUAAAUAUUGAUGGAUAUAAUGCAUCAAAGAAAAAAAAUUAUAGAUACGGUGAAACCUAGGCUCGAACCGCGAUUUCAGAAUGUGUCGGAUGUGUCGUACGCUUGCUGGAGAAAAUGUGUCGCAACGAGCACCUCGUGUCGUGCUUGAAUGUGUCGUGGAAUGUGUUGCGAAUCACGACACAUGCGACACAUUUUAACUUAGAGUGUAUAAUUCGUCUUGCUGGAUAAUGAAACCGGAUAUUAGGGAUAUUCUGGUUUGAAAAUAGAAAGACAAACCAGAGCUAUUAUAGUAUUUUUUAAAUUGAUAAUUUAGAUCUUAAGAAACCAAAGCCUCGUCAUCGAAACAGGAAAAAUGAUAUUCGUUCUGGCUCACCAAAUUCAAAUAAUACUACACCGCUUCAAUCAGUCGAUAACUUACAGGUACCAAUUGUUCAACCAGUACAAACGGCAUCAACUGAACGUAUUAGUACAGAAGAUUCAAAUGAUACAGUGAUUCUUCAGUCUGCCGCACACUUAGUGACACCAGUUGCUCUACCAGUACAAAACGGAACAACUCAGUCUGAUAUUGCAGAAAAUAUAAAUGAUGCUGUGAUACUUCAGUCAAUCGAAGAUUUAGUAAGUCCAAUUGCUCUACAAAUACAAGAACUAUCGAAUGAACCUGGUUUUACACAUAUCUAUUCAUCAAUAUCACCUGUUCUACUCAAACCAACAUCUGUUCAUGCGAUUCAAAGAUGUGAUCCAAGACCUGAUGCAGAUUCUCAAACAAUUAAUAAUGAUUUCGAAAAAUUACAAAUCGAACAAUUGACAAUGUUCUCUCUUUCAUCACCACCACCGCUGCGAUUUUCAAAACAACCAACAACAACCACUCAAGCUCAUGAUUAUAAUAUCUUUAAUCUAAUUGAAAAUAACUAUCAUGAUGCGAAGAAUUGUGAGAUCUCUAUUGAUGAUGAUCAUGAUGAAAUGGACAUUGUUGAUGAUGAUAAUGAAAUUCCUGAUGAACAAGAACCUAAUGUACUUCAUCGAAAAUGA